GAAGAAAAACAUCUGAAUCUCGAGCGCCUGGCCAUCGGAAAAUGGCAAAACCGGGUUUGUCUUUAUUGAAAGGAGCACUUUGUGUUAUUGUUUCUGUUCUCCGGUGGUCGGUUGAGAGCGUCAAAGGCGGGGGCUUCGUGAAGUAUGGCACCGAUGCUAAAGUGGUUCCGGGGAAACUAAAUGUUCAUCUUGUUCCGCAUUCGCAUGAUGAUGUCGGGUGGUUGAAAACUGUUGAUCAGUACUAUGUAGGAUCUAACAACAGUAUCCAGAACGCUUGCGUGAGGAACGUGCUAGACUCGGUGGUGGAUUCUCUACUUGGCGAUCCCAAUAGAAAGUUUGUGUUCGCAGAAAUGGCCUUCUUUACACGUUGGUGGGAAGAACAAAGCCCCGAGACACAAGAGCAAGUGAAGAGACUAGUGAAAUCGGGGCAACUAGAGUUUGUAAAUGGAGGAUGGGCUAUGAAUGAUGAAGCAACGUGCCAUUACAUAGAUAUGAUAGACCAAACCACAAAGGGGCAUCGGUUUAUAAAGCAACAGUUCAAUACAACUCCACGUGCUGCUUGGCAAAUCGACCCCUUUGGUCAUUCCUCUGUGCAAGCUUACCUCCUUGGAGCAGAGUUAGGGUUGGAUUCUGUGCAUUUCGCGAGAAUCGAUUACCAAGACAGAGAAAAGAGAAAGGCCGAGAAAUCACUAGAAGUAAUCUGGAGAGGAUCAAAAACAUUGGCUUCUUCUUCUCAAAUAUUCACCAAUGUCUUUCUUGUUCAUUACGGCCCUCCCACUGGCUUUCACUAUGAAGUCACCGACGAUUACGUCCCCCUCCAGGACAACCCUCGUUUCGAUGCCUAUAACAUUAAGGAGGCCGUUGAUAAUUUCGUCAAUGCUUCUCUGGUUUAUGCCAAUGUGAGUCGAGGGAACCAUGUGAUGUGGACAAUGGGUGAUGAUUUUCAGUACCAGUUCGCCGAGUCUUGGUUCAGACAGAUGGACAGACUUAUCCAUUAUGUUAACAAGGAUGGCCGUGUCAACGCCUUGUACUCCACACCAUCUCUCUAUGUUGAUGCCAAGAAUGAUGCCAAUGUUACUUGGCCUCUCAAGACUGGUGACUUUUUCCCAUAUGCGGAUCGGGCAUACGCUUACUGGACUGGCUACUUCACCAGCCGUCCUGCUCUUAAACGUUAUGUUCGGGCUCUUAGCGGAUACUACAUGGCUGCAAGGCAACUUGAAUUUCUGGCAGGCAAGAAACCUGGAGGACCAAAUACUUGCAGUCUUGGGGAUGCUUUAGCGAUAGCGCAGCACCACGAUGCUGUCACUGGAACUGCCAAGCAGCAUGUAACAAAUGAUUACAUGAAACGCCUUGCUGUUGCUGCUUCUGAGGCAGAAGCUGUGGUGAAUGCUGCGCUGGCAUGCCUAUUGAACAAGGCACCAAAAGGUGGCUGCACAAAGCCUGCAAUAGCAUUCAGCCAGGUCAGUGAUGCAGGUCUAAGUGUGGAGGAUUCAUCUGGAAACACCCUUGAUGCUCAAUACAUUCCCAUGGAUACUGUCACGAGCAACCUCAGAAGUUUCUAUACAAAAGCUUAUUUAGGAAUAUCUUCCCUGCAGAUUCCAAAGUAUUGGCUCGUGUUUAAGGCAACAGUGCCGCCACUUGGUUGGAACACAUUCUUCAUAUCUAAAGCAUCCGCACAAGGAAGCAGCAAUCACACACACUCUUCAGUGAUGCUUAGUCCGGUGAAAAAUACGACUGAAAUUGGUCCAGGAAAUGUAAAGAUGGUGUUUUCUUCAGACUCUGGUCGUCUCGAACGGAUGUACAACUCCAGAACAGGAGCUGACAUAAUGGUGGAUCAGAACUAUUUCUGGUAUGCUUCAAAUGGUGGGGAUGCAAAAGAUCCCCAGGUUUCCGGUGCAUAUAUUUUUCGACCUAAUGGUUCCUUGGCGUAUCCUGUUUCGUCUUCCAAACCAAAGUUGCAGAUUGUGCGAGGGCCUUUGAUAGAUGAGGUGCACCAGCAGUUUAGUCCGUGGGUGGCACAGGUGGUAAGACUGUACAAAGAAAAAGAGCACGCCGAGUUUGAGUUCACUAUUGGUCCAAUUCCUUCCGGUAAUGGAGAUCUAAUAGGGAAAGAGAUUAUCACGCGAAUGGUAACAAAUAUGACUACAGAUAAGGCUUUCUAUACUGACUCUAAUGGAAGAGACUUUUUGAAACGGGUCCGGGACAACCGAAUAGAUUGGCAUCUCGAAGUGAAUGAGCCAAUAGCAGGAAACUACUAUCCGCUAAAUCUUGGAAUGUACACAAAAGACGAGAAAGCAGAGUUGUCGUUGUUGGUUGAUCGGGCUACUGGGGGUGCUAGUAUUAAGGACGGUGAAAUAGAGUUGAUGCUUCACAGGAGUAUGUGCAUGGAUGACGGGAGAGGAGUAGAGGAGGGCCUUGCGGAAACUGUGUGUGCGAAUGGUACAUGCGCAGGAUUAACGGUUCGUGGGAUUUACUAUGUAAGCAUAAAUAGGGUAGGAGAAGGAGGGCGGUGGAGACGAGAGACUGGGCAGGAAAUAUACUAUCCUCUUCUAAUGGCAUUCGCACACGAGAACAAGGAGAAAUGGAAAGGCUCCAAUACUGUGAAAGGUUAUGCCAUGGAUCCUCUCUACACCUUGCCUAAAAACAUUGCUCUUAUCACUCUUGAGGAGAUGGAUCUCGGGAACGUCCUUGUUCGCCUGGCUCAUCUCUACGAGGCUGGAGAAGAUAGUGGUUACUCGAAAACCGCUAAAGUUGAGCUGAAGAAGUUGUUUUCCGGGAAAAUGAUCAAAGAAGUGAUGGAAAUGAGUUUGUCAGCAAAUCAAGAGAAAGACAAGAUGAAGGAGAAGAUGAAGUGGAAAGUGGAGGGUGAAGCGGAACAAGCUUCUUCCCCGCAAAGAGGGGGACCCGUUGACAAGUCGACUUUAGUAGUAGAGCUUGGUCCCAUGGAGAUUCGUACAUUUGUGGUUGAGUUUUCUCAGAAACAACAAGUUGGGAUUCGUCUUUUUAUUUGCCCUGAAAACGAAAACGAAACACAAGUAUCAUCGGAGAUGGCUAGAUACGAUCGAGCAAUCACUGUCUUCUCCCCCGACGGUCAUCUCUUUCAAGUCGAAUACGCUCUUGAAGCCGUCCGCAAGGGUAACGCCGCCGUCGGUGUCCGCGGUACCGACACCGUCGUCCUCGCCGUCGAGAAGAAAUCUACCCCCAAGCUUCAGGAUUCUAGAUCAGCCAGAAAAAUUGUGAGCCUUGACAAUCACAUUGCCUUGGCAUGCGCCGGGCUCAAGGCAGAUGCCCGUGUCUUGAUUAACAAAGCAAGGAUCGAGUGUCAAAGCCAUAGACUGACACUAGAGGACCCUGUCACUGUUGAGUACAUCACUCGCUACAUUGCUGGCCUUCAACAGAAGUAUACCCAAAGUGGUGGUGUCAGACCCUUCGGUCUUUCUACUCUUAUCGUCGGCUUUGACCCUUACUCUCGUCUGCCUUCCCUAUAUCAGACUGAUCCUUCUGGCACUUUCUCUGCUUGGAAAGCUAAUGCAACCGGCAGAAACUCCAACUCUAUUAGGGAAUUCCUGGAGAAGAACUACAAAGAAUCCUCUGGCCAAGAAACUAUUAAACUCGCUAUCCGUGCUCUUCUUGAGGUAGUUGAGAGUGGAGGAAAGAAUAUUGAGGUUGCUGUAAUGACACGGGAGGAAACUGGGCUUCGCCAGCUAGAAGAAGCUGAAAUUGAUGCAAUUGUGGCAGAGAUCGAAGCUGAAAAGGCGGCUGCAGAAGCAGCCAAGAAAGGCCCUCCAAAGGAAACUUGAUAAAACAAUAUCUCAAUUCAGCCACAAAGACUGCUCUUUGGUCUCCAUUAUCAUUUAUGUACUUGUUGAUGUUUGGUUUGAAGACCUGCUCCACAAAAUUUCUGGGUUGAUUAGAUAUCUCAGCUGUUUUCGUUUGUUGGUUGGUUUGUCCUUCAACUUGGUUUGAUACCUCCAAAGUCCAAAGCAUGACUAACCAACUCUGAUUAAAUGUUGCAUUUGGAG